AUGGCAGUUUCAUUCCUUUACGCACACCAGGCUACCCAGCUUCCCUACAACGACCGGGUCGCCUCAAAAUCAUACUUUCAGCAAGAAACCGCUUACAUGGAACCCACGCAAUCCUUUGGUGGUUCUUCGUCAAACAGCUCAACCAGCACACUUCGACCCGUCUUCGCACACCCUCAGACGCUCCAGCCGCUUAACCACAGGGCGAACCACCUCCUCUCCAGUAGCUCUGACCAACUAAACCACGGCUGGCAAACGCGUUCGUCGUCGCUCCCUCUGCCUCUGGCUGGUCCGUCGAUGAUGCACAAUACUGCGACUACAGCCCCUCACCCUCUUUGGAUUCCGCAGUCAAAUAUCCACUCUGGUCAUUACGCAUAUCCAGAUCUCUACAACGCUCACCCGACCGCAGCGUCGCGAACAAAAUCCUGGCCUGCACCGCAGCACCACUAUCCCCAACCCUCAAAUCAGGUGCAUGGUUGGCAGGGUGCGGUGGGUUCGAAAAGCCACACUCGCUCAUCUUCGAGUGAAUGGAAAGCUCACAAACGCAGCUCUUCUAAUCAGGUGUACUCGUCAGGUUCUGGCUCUGGUUCACCCUCUCCUCUCAACGGUCGUACGUCCCCAGCGAGAAGUCCAUCGUCCUCGACACACUCUCGCUCCUCUUCAGCUGGGUUUGGAUUCUCCUCGCCACCGAACUCACCUUUCCCGGAUACCGAGAUCCCCAGCAGUGCCAGUAGCAGCGGUAACACGAGUGCAAGUGGGAACGGAGGCGGUUUUGGAUCACUCACACCUGUACAUGAAAUGUAUGCUGGCUUAGCGCGGACGGAAUCCGGACUGAUUCCCAUCCCGCAUCGACAUGCCUUUACGCGGGGAGAAAUUGUCAUGACCCGUACCACAAGGCGACUGAUGAAGACAUCCUCGACGAGCCGUCUCACCGCCCGUCAUCCUUGCCUCAUUCUCGAAGUCUCGCCCACCCAAACGCAUGUUCGGGUACUGCAGAUGACGAGUCAUGUCAACUUGACGGAAGAUCAGGUAAGGGUUGUCGGUGCAAAACUGAGACAUUGGCUCGCAAGAGAGGAUGAGGGUCAUCAGGACGCGUUUGGUCGUCUGGGACUUCAGACAUGCCCACCUUCGAAUAGAGCCGGUUACAUUUGGGUCGGCGACGGAGGUGAAUGGGUGCCCAUCGAGAGUGUAAAGUACCUCACAGGUACCCGUGUCGAUGAGGGCGAAGUGCGACGACUCGAGUCGCUCAUCGCCGAGCAUGAGAUUCCAUUGGCGGACGAGGCAGAGACCAAGUUUGUUUGGAAGAUAAAUGUCGCUCCCGGACUCGCUCAGCUUCUAUCCAUUGCGGCUGUAAGCGAGUCCUUGAGUGGACAGAAAGUCCGUCUUUUUGGACACUUGGUGUUUGCGGAUGUACCAAACUCGACUUUGGCACUACUUCACUCCCUGCCGCAUAAACCGGCGUCAACAAACGAUGAGGAAAAGCAGCGCUCUGCUCAAAGACCCGCUGUUCUAGUCGACCUGAGGCUCUGUUUGAAUACAGAAGGCGUUAUCCCUCGGGAAGUUCGAAGUCUAGUGAUGGUCAUGGGCACUCUCGAGUCGUGCGAGAAGCCGCAGCGCGAGAUACGAAAAUGGCUCAAGCGCAACGCCUCUUUGGGGAUCAAUACUCAGCCCGGUCUGAUCCUUGAAGCCAUCUUAUUACGAGAUGCUGCGGAUAUUAAUCUACAGAUCAUGGAAGAAGCUUUGCGGAUUCGCAUGCAGUUCGACGACAGUCAGGGUUGA